CAGGUCAGUCAGCUUGAUUGAUUUUGCCCGUGAUUCAUUGAUUCAUUGUAGAAAACCGGCUGGCUGUGCUGUAUAGUGUUCUGUAUACGUUUGUUGCACCGUCUGCAUUGCGCCUGCCUGAACUCUAUAUGCACUUGUAAAAUAAAGUAGCCCAGAUCUAGCUAGAUUUCAGUUCGGUCUGUACUCCUUUGGCAACAUGACGUCUGUCGUGGAUGAAAGGGUUACUGAUGAAGUGGAAGCCUUGGUGGCUAUUUUAAUGGACGAUGUCAUCAUAAGAAGAGUCGGUAAUGUGCCUACUGUUAUUGAAACAGUCGUCAAUCCGCUAACUGGGGAAGAUAUUGAUCAGCAAUAUGUAUGUGUGACAUUGGUGGUUCAAUUGACCCCGAACUAUCCAGAUACGAGUCCCGAUGUAGUCCUCAGGAAUCCUAGAGGAUUAGACGAUGAUCUUAUAGCCAGCAUUCACUCGCAAAUCAAGAUAAAGUUAGCAGAUUGCCUGGGCCAGCCCGUUGUUUUCGAGCUUAUAGACCUCAUACGCGAGAAUCUAACGGAGUGCAAUCUGCCGAGCGGUCAGUGCGUGAUUUGCCUGUUCGGGUUUGAGGCAGGGGACGUGUUCAUCAAGACGCAAUGCUACCAUCACUUCCACAGCCAUUGCCUUGCCAACCACCUCAUCUCCGGCAAGAAGUACUACAAGGAAGAGAUGGACAAGCUCCCCAACUGGCAGCAAGUCGAGGCACCGCCGUACCAGCCGUGCUGCCCGGUGUGUCGCUGCGUGUUGUCGUUCGACGCGGACACGCUGAAGAAGGCGCCCCCGCCGGUGGGAUCCAUCAAUGCGGCGCCAUUCCGCGUCACUCCUGAGAUGCUGGCGUUGCAGCGGAAGAUGUCGCUGUUGUUGGCUCGUCAAAUCCGCAGGGGUGGUGUGGUCGGCUCGAGCUCCCCCGGCCCGCGCCCCUUGACUAUCACUACGGCUGCUGAUGCGGUGACUAACGGAUCAUCGCAGGCCUCGCAGGAAGGCAAGUCUGAGGUUGCCGACGGCCAGCUCCCGGGCAACGCUUCCAACGCCGGCUCCGAGCCCGGCUCGCCGCAAGGACAAGGUUAUCGCGGCCCUUACAGGGGCUUCAAUCGUCGCGGCUAG